AUGUCAUCGGCGAUACUGCAUCGGGACGGGGAUCACGCCGGGCAUCUGCUCUGGUUUGAGCACUUUACGCGGGUGGGCGCAGCAGGGCCUCUGGCUAUUAUCCAGAGCAUUCCCAGCGAUGAUUCAAUUCCCGUCAGUCUUGAGCAUAUCGUAAUGUUCAAGAAGUCGUCUCUCCUCUGCUCUCGUGGCGGCGUCCCGCUCCUCAAUUCGCCGUCAUCUAUCUCGCCACACCCCCGAAGACGCUCGCUUACAUUCCAAAACCCUCAGAGAUUCGCCCAUGUCAACUCAGGAGACCCUAUUCAGGGUGAUGGGGACUUCUCGUGGCCUACAUCUUCCACCUUCUCGCCAUAUGAACUGCUCAAACUAGACCGAAACUCUCCAUACUCGAAGCGUCGUUUCUAUGAACUGGUGAAGAUAUAUCACCCUGACCGAUCAUGCGACGGCCACCCACUAUGCAAAGACAUCCCAGAUUCUGUUCGUAUGAACAGGUAUCGGAUCUUGGUAGCAGCGCAUGAAUUGCUUUCCGACCCCCGCAAGCGUGAAGCCUACGACAAAUAUGGCGAUGGAUGGCACCAUCGACAUGAAUUAUUCGGCGUUAACGCCAAAAAUGACAGCUCUCAAUCAACAGUUCGGUAUAGAUACAAACCCAAAAAACGCGGGGACGAUAUAUUCAAAAAUGCAACCUGGGAGGACUGGGAAGAAUUUUACGAGAGGCGUGACGGACAACCCAAACAAGCACAAACGGUAUCCCAUAGCACGUUUGCUUCGUUUUUGCUACUUCUAGCCUUAUUCGGUGGUGUUGGCCAGGCGAUCACUGUAGGAAAAUAUUCGACAUAUGUCCAAGAGCGAGUACGAGAUGUAAAUGAUCGGUGUGGGAAAUUUCUUGAGGGCCGGAAACAUAACACGAUCAACAAGAUGAAUUCGCAGGAUGCGAGAGUUCAGAGCUUCUUGAUGAAGCGAGAUCCGUCGGGCUACGGAUUAAAAGAGGAGGAGGAAGAGACAUACCGACGUCUUCUCGGCGUCCGUCGAACCUCUGAUAUCAUGACCAAUAUUGAUUCAAUGAGAAAUACGGCGGAAUAA